CUUCGUGUGCCGCACUGGAAGGACGUCUGUUCGUUGGUUCAUUUCAUGUAUCGUUAUUAUUGUUUCAAACAUUCGCUCAGCUGAUCAGUGACAAUAAAUUUUAUUCUGCCGACAAUAACCUGCUUAUCCAUUAAAGUGCGUGUUGUGAACUUCGUUGUGAGAAACCAAAAAGCAAGGCUGUCGAAAAUAUCUCGAGUUGAAUGUAAAAAUAUACGCGUCGUCGAGGAUCGAGGAGCGUUCGCCGCGUGUGACUGAUCGAUAUUUUAAAUGAUAACAUGGAUUCAAUUAGGUGUUUAAGAAGACGGUGAGAUAGUGUUUCGUUGUGUUGUGUGAGAGACUGGACUUGGCGCUGUUGGCAAACUAUGCGGUAAACCCCUCGUGCAACAAUGUGGCGACGCGCGUUGACCGUGGUGGCGCUGGCGGCGCUGGUCGCGGGCGGGGCGGCCCUGCAGCAGCCGCGCUGCGAGGAGAUCGUGAUCCCCAUGUGCCGGGGCAUCGGGUACAACCUCACGUCGUUCCCCAACGCCCUGGACCAUGACACGCAGGAGGAGGCCGGGUUAGAGGUACAUCAGUAUUGGCCUCUCGUCGAGAUCAAAUGUUCAGCUGACCUCAAGUUUUUCCUAUGCUCCGUGUACACGCCCAUCUGUAUCGAGGACUACGCGAAGCCCCUGCCCGCGUGCCGCAGCGUCUGCGAGCGCGCCCGCGCCGGCUGCGCGCCUCUCAUGCAGCAGUACGGCUUCAAGUGGCCCGAGCGAAUGGCCUGCGAGAAACUCCCGCGCAUGGGCGACCCCGACCAUCUGUGUAUGGACGAGAACGACAGAGAACCCGAGCCGGAGCCGACCAGACCUCCGCCGAGGAAAACGUUCAAUAAACACUGCAAGGAUCCAAAAAACUGCGAAAGCGGCCCGGCUGCAAGCGCGGGCGCGGGCGCGGGCGGCACGGAGUGCGCGUGCGCGUGCCGGCCGCCGCUGCAGCCCGCGCGCGCGCACAACGCCAGCCGCGCGCUGGCGGGCGCGGGCGCGGCCGCGUGCGCGCUGCCGUGCCGCGGCGCCUUCUUCUCGCGCGAGGAGAAGCAGUUCGCGGCCGUGUGGGUGGCGCUGUGGAGCGGCCUCUGCGCCGCCUCCACGCUCAUGACGCUCACGACCUUCCUGAUAGACUCGCAGCGCUUCAAGUACCCGGAGCGCCCGAUAGUCUACCUGUCGGCCUGCUACUUCAUGGUGGCGCUGGGCUACCUGGCGCGGCUGGCGCUGGGCCACGACGAGGUGGCGUGUGACGGCGCCGUGCUCAAGACCUCCGCCAACGGCCCGAGCGCGUGCACGCUCGUCUUCAUUUUGGUCUACUUCUUCGGCAUGGCGUCCUCGAUCUGGUGGGUGGUGCUGUCGUUUGCGUGGUUUCUGGCGGCAGGCUUGAAGUGGGGUAACGAGGCGAUCGCCGGGCACGCUCAGUAUUAUCAUCUCGCCGCCUGGCUCAUCCCGGCCGCGAAGACCGUGGCCGUCCUGCUCGCCGGCGCGGUCGACGGUGAUCCCGUCGCCGGAAUCUGCUACGUCGGAAACUCCUCACCAGAGAACCUGAGGCGAUACGUGUUAGCGCCAUUGAUAGUCUACUUUGCACUCGGAGCGACGUUCCUUCUAGCCGGGUUCGUGUCGCUGUUCAGAAUCAGAUCGGUGAUCAAGCGGCAGGGGGGAAUCGGCGCCGGAUCGAAGGCCGACAAGCUCGAGAAACUGAUGAUCAGAAUUGGAGUGUUCAGCGUGCUGUACGCGGUGCCGGCGGGCGUGGUGAUCGGCUGCCUGGCGUACGAGGCCGGCGGCUACGAGUCGUGGCUGAAGCGCGUCGCGUGCGGCGCCGGCUGCGGGGAGAAGCCGCUGUACUACGCGCUGAUGCUGAAGUACUUCAUGGCGCUGGCGGUGGGCAUCACGUCGGGCGUGUGGAUCUGGUCGGGCAAGACGCUGGAGUCGUGGCGGCGCGUGUGGCGCGGCGGGCGGCCGCAGCACCGCGCGCUCGUCAAGCAGGCGGGCGGCGUGUGACGCGCGGACUGCGGGCCCGCGCCGCCGCCGCUGCCCGCGCCGCCGCCCGCCCCGCUGCCCGCCCCGCUCCCCGCCCCGCUGCCGGCGCCGCACGCGCAGCUCCCUCCUUCUGCCCCGUCGGCCCGCUCGGGACAACCCCUUUCUGAUUACGGCCCGGUUUAGUGAAAUAGGACACGAUUUUUCAAAGCGAGAUAUUGACAUUGCGAGUGAUUAGCGUCCCGUGUGUUCCGCGACCGUGUCGCAUGUGCCAUUCGAUAGACGAUGUAAAGACGGACGGGAGAGGAGUCGCGCGCUGUCUAGUCGUAGCGUAUAAAGGCGCGCGGCAAACAUAUACGUAAAUAGAUUUAAGUGAACGGAACGGCGUCCGAAGCCGCUUCCCGGUAUUACCUGGCUGGAGCCGGGAGUUCGUCGACUCGACUUCAUGUUAAAAACUGGAAAGUUUACGCGAAUGGAUAUAGCCGCGAGAAGCACAAUCCUUUUUGAUAUAUUUAGAACUUUUAUAAACAAUAUCGAUACCAAAUACUGCAAGAUAAAUGUUACAAGUGCAUCGGUUUCAAACGCGUACUAAUAAAUUUGUAUCUCCUAGACUUUCUUGAGAAAAAUAAGUAAUGACAGAACUGUAACGUACACACUAGUAAAAUACUAUAUUAAUAUUUUUGCUCGGAUUAUUUAAAAUAAUCAUUUUUGUAUACGCCAAUAAUACAGUAAAUUACUAAUGUGUAUUAAUUAUUUACUAAGACUGGUUUUGUAAAUAUGUUUUAAAUUGUAUGCAUUUAUUGUUAUCAGUGUUGCCAUAUUUUAUUUAAGAGCCAAGUGCUAUUUAAGGUACCUCUUAAACAGAAAAUUAAAUAAUCAAUGAUAAAAUGACGGUCAUGUUCCCGGCUGAAAUGACUGUAUUUUCCAGGUUUAUUUCCAUGUUUGACUCAGUUAUUUUUAUAAUUAUUUCUUGAAUGACAAAAAGCCGCAAAUUCUCUGCCUUUGGGAAUUUAAAUCUAAUAGUCAGGCAGUCUCUCAGUCUCAUAUAUGUAUAUGCAGGUUUGUAUCAGUCAUUUAAAUUUGAGCCUAACGAUAAAUGUUUACAAUUUGCCAUUUGACGAGCUAACAAAAUGUAAAAGCGGCGGAAUGUAUUGUAAAUAGCGCCAUCUAUCUAUGAUAAUAUAAAUUGAAAUUGUUAAGAAAUAUGGACCUCGUAAUUUAGUAAGGUUAGCACCAAAAAAGAAAAAAAUGGCGCACUGCAGGAUUCAGUCAUUCAACUGGCAUUCGUAUGCAUACCAGUAAAUUGUUGAUUUUUGUAUUUAUAAAAAUGGUGAAAAAAAGUAAUAUUGAAAAAAAAAACGGAAUAAUUUAUUGGUAUGUGUUGUGCUGACAAAUUGAUAUUGUAAAUUCUUUUAUAGUCUGAAAACUUAUGAAAGAAAUCUUGUGAUUUAUGCCUGUACAGAUCCACUGCCAUUGCCUUUAGUUUAAGAAAAGAAUACAAUGUACACUAUUUCAAUUUAAGAAUGUAAUUAUAACGAUCUCGUAAAUCGAUAUUUAAAGUAAAGUAAUCACCAUUAUUGGAGUUAUAUCUCAUUAAAGCAUCGGUAACUUUGCUAAAUACGAAUAAGCUCAAAUAGUUACUUCAUAAAAGUAGUCAGAUUACUGUAUUGCGUUCAAAUCGUAUCGUAUCGUUUUGUAAAAUAUUUUAUUUGUGAAACCAUAGAUUUCAUGACAUGGAUCAGUGCUAUAAUGAAUAAAAAGGAAAGAAUAAUCAACGUUAUGUCAUGAUUCUACGUCUAAUGUAUAAUGACUAAAAGCUAGUAGAAAAUAAUUCAGAAGUCAUCUUAGACUUCAUACACAUGUCUAGAUUAAGAGAAAUAAUAGCGUCGCAACAGAAAAACCCCUACACUAUGGGGAACCAUUUUCAAAUUCAGUCGAAUGAUCCAUGCCAUGAAACGAGUAAAUGAAAAAAGUGACAGCGGGCGCCAGAGCCGAACGCAUGCAAAAAUUAUGUAAUUUAUUUUAUAUCUAACUGUAGAUAACAAAUAAAACGACUUUUUUAUGUACAA